AAGUGUUUACUAGUUAGUGUUUUACUAUUAUUUGGACUAUUAAUUUUGACAACGGGGGCUCAUUUGUCAAUUUAUACUUUGCAGCUAAUGUUCAAUUAGACUUACUACGAGUGGUGAAGUUUUUGAAACUUUUAACAAAACAUUUUUAUAAAAUUUAAAUAUGGCCUCGUGUUUGCGUCAUUUAAACCCUAAAAAGACUUUAUUCUUGCUAUGUGAUAUACAGGAAAAAUUCCGAUCAGCUAUACCUUUAUUUGCAAAUUUAUUGCAAAACGUCAAUAAACUGACAAAAGCUGGCAAGGAGUUGGAUGUGGCACUUAUUUGCACCCAGCAGUAUCCGGAGAAAUUGGGUAGAAUAUGUGCCGAAAUUGAUAUAAAUCACGCCAAAGCUGUAUAUGAUAAAACUCAGUUUAGCAUGCUAAUACCGGAAUUGGAAAAUAAAUUAAAAGAAUUAUUUUGUGAUAAGCCAGAUGAUGUGGUCCUUUACGGCAUAGAAACCCAUGUUUGUGUCGAACAAACUGCCAUAGAUCUCUUGGAGCGCAAUAUUAACGUUUUCUUGGUGGCCGAUUGUUUAUGCUCUCGUCUAAAUCAGGAUCGUGAUCUAGCGUUGGAACGUUUACGUUCGGCUGGUUGUAUAAUAACUAGCAGUGAAAGUGUUAUAUUUGAUUUAAUGCGUGAUAAAAAUCAUCCCAAGUUUGAUGUUAUACGUAAAUUUGUUAAUCAUCCAUCCGCGGACAUGCAAUUGAGUAAAGUUGAUAAGAAAACGCAAUCCAAAUUAUAAUUAAUUAAUUAAUG